GUUGUGAUAAACUUAUUAAAUAGAUCGCAACUGAUUUUUAAAUAUGUCCACUUUGGAUUCUAGGGCGGAGUUCACUCGCGACUCGCCCCUUCCCCGUCAGAAACUAGAAGAGUUGCAGUUGGAUAGAUGGGGCUAUAAGGACUGUGGAUUCUACCUCAAUGAAAACCAAUCAUUCGCUUUUCAAGGCGACAGGUAUCCUCUGAAGGGCGAAGUGCCAAAUUUGAAGAACUUCAUGAUAGAUGUCGUCCAAGCUAGUCCAGAUAACCCAGCACCUCCCAGGGCGGAAAUUAAACCCGAAGAUGUGCCGACGCCAAUCAAGCAGAAGGAGUUCUGUGAGUUCCUCGAGAGCUCUUCUUUCCACAUUUCAUUCUGCCCAAUGGAACGACUUUUCAGAAGCCAUGGUCACUGUGUGCAAGAGAUUGGCGCUCUCAGACUGGGAAUGUUGCCUGAAAGAGUAGUGGAUGCUGUUUUGUGGCCAAGCAAUGAGGCUGACGUGAUCAAGAUAGUGGAGGCAGCCAAGAAGUUCGACGUCAGUCUUCUCCCAUUCGGGGGAGGCACCAAUGUCUCCUUGGCUCUGCAGAUGGGAAGGGAAGAGCGCAUGUUGUGCUCUGUCGACACCUCACAAAUGAAUAAAAUAGUGUGGAUUGACGAGGAUAACUUGCUGGCUAGGUUCCAGAGUGGAAUUACUGGACUGGACUUAGAAAACGACCUGAGGAAACGAGGCUACACUGUUGGACACGAACCCGACUCAUUUGAGUUUUCGACUCUCGGUGGCUGGGUCUCAACGAGAGCAUCAGGCAUGAAGAAAAACACAUACGGAAACAUCGAAGAUCUAAUAGUCAAUGUUGCCAUUAUAACACCUGUCGGAAAGUUCCAGAAAAACUACCAAGCACCACGCUCGUCUGUGGGACCGGAUAUUCAUCAUUUUGUUCUUGGAUCUGAAGGUACUCUUGGCAUUGUAACGGAAGUGACCUUGAAGAUCAGACCACUACCUCAGUUCACCAAAUAUGGAGCACUUCUGUUCAAAAACUUCGAGGAUGGAGUCAAGUUCAUGCGAGAAGUUGCAAAGAAUAGAUGUGCGCCUUCUUCUAUCCGUCUGGUAGAUAAUGAGCAGUUCAGAUUCGGAAUGUCUCUCAAACAGCCAGUGGCAUCCGCAUUUGCAUCCCUCAAAGACUUCAUUAACAAGUGGUACGUUCUCAAGUGGAAAUCUUUUGACGAGAACGAGAUGACACUAUGCACGUUACUGUUCGAAGGCGAUAAAGAGGAUGUGCUGUCUCACGAGAAGAAAAUAAGAGGAAUGUCUGAGAAAUAUGGGGCAAUCUAUGCUGGAGAAGAAAGUGGUCAACGGGGUUACCUUCUCACUUUUCUGAUCGCAUACCUGCGAGAUGUCUGUCUAGACUAUCAUAUAUGGGCAGAAUCUAUGGAGACGUCCUGUCCCUGGAAUCGGGUGACAGACUUGUGUCGCAAUGUGAAAGAGCGGAUCAGACUCGAGUGCAAGAUCAAAGGAAUCCGAUUUCCCCCAUUCAUAUCUUGCAGAGUGACCCAAAUAUACGACGUGGGGGCCUGUAUAUACAUCUAUUUUGGCUUCAAUGGGAGGGGACUGAAAGACCCCCUGGCGCUCUACGAUGACAUUGAAACUGCAGCCAGAGAAGAAAUUCUGGAUAAUGGGGGAUCCCUCUCACAUCACCAUGGAGUGGGUAAACUGAGAGAGCGUUGGCUGAAAAAAUCGAAUGGGGAUGUGGGAGUGGAGAUGUUCAGAGCUGUGAAGAAACAAGUGGACCCCACCAAUGUAUUCAGUGUGGGAAACCUACUUACUAGUUCCAAUUACUCAACCAAGAGCAAGUUAUGAUACGACGAUUGUUUUGAGAUUUGAUUAAUGCUAGCGGCGAUAGAUAUAGUUCGCAAGAAAUUCAUUGCCAGCUAUUAGUAGCUUUAAUUACAAGACUAGAUCAAGGACGGUCGCUCAAAUUUUUAAACAUACUAACCUUUCUGUUUCAAAAAUGGACAGAAGUUUGAAAGAAGAUUUGAGUUUUUGACCUACACUGUUAAUUUCCUUCGAUUUUACUCUGGAACAUAGGUUUGUUAUCGACUAAAUAACACCUGUCCGAAAUAUCUGCUGGAAAAUUUAUCGCGAAUGGCAUGGUAAUCUGCAAUCAGGUGCGCACAAAUGACUAAAAUAUGAGGAGCCUGUGGGUAUUCUUAAGUGAGAUCAACAAAUGAGUUGAAUUCAGGUCGGGUCAGGUAUCUAAAUCUAUCGCCAAGUUAGCAUUCUAGUUUUGUUGAAACUGAAUAUGAAAUGGCAGUUCUCUACUUCUCUCAAUCUUCUUGCAUCAUAAUCAAGUUCAGGCUUUAAAAA